AUGGAUUCAAUAGACUACUAAGAAGCGAAAUUCAAAUUUCAAGGUGUUCGCAAACACUUCUUUAAGGAUGUCAUUUAUCACAUAACUGUGUUUGAUGAUAUGGUCACUAUGGGAACAACUUCGGAUUGCCAAAACCCGAAAUACAAACUAAAGCUGAAUCUUGAAACAAAAAUAAAUUGGGAGUUACGAAAGAAUAAGGCGGAACUCGAUUGCUUUGAGUUUGAGCAUUAAAACAAAAGGAAAGUUGUUCACAGCUAGCCAAAUGAUUUAUUUAAAUUCAAAGAACUAUUAGCAGGAAAAGUAACCUUUGAGGGCAUUGGCGAUUUAUACUAACCCCUAUAUCAGAUAGGGAAAGGAAGCUCAGCAAAAGUGUAUAGUGCAAAGAGUGCUUUAGAUUAAAGAGUAUAUGCUGUAAAGGCCAUAGAGAAGGCCUUUCUCAAGAUAUCUGAGAAUGGAAACGGAUUAUAAGGUUUUCAAUCGGAAGUUCAAAUUCUCAGAGCAUUAUAAUAAUACGAAAAUAAUUUUCUGGUGUUGAAGGAGAUUUAUGAGGGUGACAACACUUUGUAUGUGGUUACAUCAUAUUUGGAAGGAUUGAGUCUGAGUGGAGAAUUAGAAAAAGCCAAGGUACGAUUAAAUAUCCAUAUCAAGACUCUGCCCAACAAAAGACUACCAAUAAACAGUAUAAAGAUAAUAAUGAGGAAACUUUUGACGAAUUUAAAAAUUUUGCAUUCUCAUCGUAUUAUUCAUAGAGACUUAAAACCAGAUAAUUUGAUGUUUUCUAAAAAGAAUGAUUACACAUCGUUAGUUCUUGUCGAUUUUGGAUUGGCCACUUCAGAGCUUCUAGACAAGUAUUUGUUUCCCAAAUGCGGGACACCUGGUUAUGUGGCUCCUGAGGUAUUGACAACUAGAUCAGAUUUGAGAUAUAAUUGCAAGGUUGAUAUAUUUUCUGCAGGAUGCAUAUUUUAUAAAUUACUUACUGGACACAGUUUAUUCAUUGGAUAGAAUUUCGAUGAAGUAUUGAAGUCCAAUAAAAUGUGUUAGAUCGAUUUGGAUCUACCCAUUGAUGGCGUUUACAUUACAGAAUAAUCAAUAGAUAUUUUGAGGAGGAUGCUUAACAAGAAUCCAAAAAUCAGGAUCAGUGCCACUUAGGCUCUGUAGCAUUAAUUUUUAGACUCUAAUAGUGAUUUCAGCACUUAAGCUAUUUAAUCAACUGGUUAAUAAAUGACUAAAAACGCUAUUUAUUAAUUGAAUUUGGCAGAAUCUGAAUCCAAAUAUAAUAGUUAGAAUGAGAUUAAUGAUGAGUAAUUGUAGAAUUCUAAAAUUAACGAUACAAAACGAUAUUUAUUGAUGAAUGAGAUGCCACUUUCAGCAAAAAGAAGCAGUGGAUAGUUUUCAGGUACUUUUUAUCAUAAGGACCCUCUAUCGGCCGUAAAAACCAUUAAGAUUUCAAAUGAAACAUCAUAACCACUUAAAUUAAGUAGUCAUUUAUCAGCUUCCUAAUUUUGA